AUGCUCCGCUUCCAGAUCUUGCUGCUGGAAGCAUAUGAACAGCUCGAGAUGGACGUCGAAAAGGAAGUGCAGCGGGCUGUUGCUGGGCAGACCGCUGAUUUUGAGAGGCAGGCCAAGAGGAACAAGGCCUUGGAGGAAGAGCUGCAGUGUACCAGGGCAAGGUGUAGAGCUCUGGAUGAGCAUUUGGAGCAUCUCCAAGAGAGCUUGGACGCUGUACAGGAGAGGAACAGGAUGUAUGAAGAGGGGAUAUAUGGUCUUGUGGAGGCUAUGGAAGAAAUCAGUUCAUUGAAAGCUCGUCUGGAUGCAGCAGAGAAGCGGCAAGAGGAGCUGGUGUCUCAGGCAAAUUUAGCAAUGGACAGUGUGGAGACCCUAGCAGAUGAGAACAGGGUGCUCCGGGCAAAGGCAAAUGUUCCAGAAGAGGAGGCAGUUGAUAUCUCACAUCUGAAGAUUGAGAAGGAUGCAGCCAUUCUGCAGCUGAGAAGUCUGACUGCUCAAUUGGAAACUGAGGUGUGGAACCUUGAGGAAGAACGCCGCAAGUUGAAGACAGAGUUGCGCUUCAGGGCCAAAUACCAGGGCCGCCAAGCAGCAGACAUGGGCUUGACUCCAGAGCAGGUCCUGAGG